AUGGUCGAAAUUUCUUGCACGGCUCCAAGUCAACUUGAUGCCCUUCUCAGAGCGCUACGAAUUCUAGGAAAGCGGCAGCAGACGACAAUACCGCAGAAAAAAAGACCGCCUACUUAUCCGUUGAGUUGCGCUAUAAACGCCCACUUUCUACGCGGGCAGCACAAAGCGCGCACGCAGAUCAUCUGGUCAUAUGCGCAGUGCAUUGCGCAAACCGGAUAUAAUUUUGUCAGCUGUCUGAACAGAUUUUUGAAAGUCUCCAUAUUGCACCAUUACGCUUUGUCCUCGAGUGAAAAGUGUGACGAGUGUCAGAGUAUUUAUGGGAAAUGUGACCAUUACAUACAUGGUGCGCCUAUUUACUUUCACGCCACAUUCCCUCAAGCGUUGAGAUGA